AUGGCAUCCAUCUUCGAGCUGCCAGAAGACCUCCUCGCAACCCUCGCCGAGAGCUUCCCCUGCCGCGACGCCCAGAUCCGUGCACUAGCAACGCUGCUCUACCCGCGCGCCGCCCCCUGCCGCAACCUGAUCGUGCACGGCACCGAAGCCACGGGCAAGAGCGCCAUCACCACCACACUCCUCGCGGCCCUGCGCGACGACCCCGGGACAGACCUCAACUAUGCCACCGUGAAGUCCGCCGAGUGCGUCACGGCGCGGCACCUGUUCGAGCGGACGGUUGGCCUGGUCGCUGAUGCGGUGCAAUGGCAGGGACCGGCGCCCGGCCGGUGCGAGACCCUCGCCGCGCUGACGGUCGAGCUGAGCCGCAUGCUGAAGUAUGCCGAGAGAGACGCUGCCGACAGGUUCGUGCUGGUAUUCGACGGCAUCGAUCGCCAGCGCGAGGCGCCGCCUACGCUGCUCCCUGCCUUGGCGAGGCUGUCUGAGAUUAUCCCAAACCUAACAAACAUCUUCAUCCUCACCACGCCCUCGCCCUCUCUCCUCCGGUGCUCCUCGCCGCCACACCUGCACUUCCCGCCCUACACCAAAGCGCAAUACCUCAGUAUCCUGUCGCGCCAGCCGCCGCCCUCCUCCCUGCCCAACACGGCACCCGAAGAGACAGCCGAGCUCUGGACACGCUUCGCGGCCGCCGUGCACGACUCCCUAACCCGGCCCGCGGCCCGCACGCUGCCCGCGCUGAAACACGCCUGCGCGGCCCUGUGGCCGCGCUUCACGGCCCCCGUCGCAGUCGGCACACACCGCGCGCGCGAGUUCAGCCGUCUGCUCAUUGCUGCGCGGGCGUAUUUCCAAGACGAGGGCGUGUUGGAGCCGGGGAUUCUGUCGUCGGUUCCCUCUACUACCAAGCCUGCGACACAAUCGUUGGCCAAUGGCACAGCAGCAAUCGCAGUCGGGGCAGGAGCAGGAACAGCACCCCCAGCCAAGAACCCCAACAAACCCAAACCCUCCACCGACCUAUCAACCCUCCUCCCGCCCACCGCCCGCCUCUUGUUAAUAGCCGCCUACCUAGCUUCCCACAAUGCGCCGCGCCACGACAACACCCUCUUCAGCACCUGGCACAACCCGCACGGCCGUCGACGGCGGGCAGUCAACACGCAGGCGCGGCACUCCAAGAAAUCCAAACACCGCAAGAUCGCGCGCAAGCUGCUGGGACCCGGUGUUUUUGUGCUGGAGCGCAUGGUGGCGAUCUACGUGGCUACGCGGCGGGAGUGGGUUGGGGAUCAUGACGAGAAUAAUGCAGGUGGUGGGAAUGGGAAGGUGGUGGUCGGUGUUGAUGGCGACGUGGGCAUGGCGAUCGCGACACUGGCGAGUCUGCGGCUGCUGGUCAGGGUCGGAGGCGGCGCGGGCGCGGCUGUGGGAGGGGCGGAUUUGGAUCGUGGGGGCAGGUGGAGGGUCAAUGUCGGGUGGGAGGUGGUUAGAGGUGUUGGGAGGAGCAUGGGGGUCGAGGUUGAGGAGUGGCUUGUUGAAUAG